CUUCCGGCAGCUGAUUACUCAAACAAGCCAUGGCGGAGCAGGGUGUAAAAGAUCCUGUUAAAACUACGCUAACAGCGGCGGAGAAACAACUCCUCCGCCGCCGACAGGAGCUCGACUACUUCAAGCAAAACGCAGCGCGACUCCGCAGGAGGAACCUGCUGACCGGCCUGGCUAUCGGAGCGUUCGUGGUCGGCAUGUUUAGCUACACCAUCCUGUCGGUCAAACAGGAGAGGAUCUUGGAUGAGCUGGAUGAUGAAGCCAAAAUCCACAUCAUCAGAGGGCCACGAACGGGUGCCAACUCCUGAUGACACUGACUGUGGACUAACUGGAUGGGGGUGUGCUAUUGAGUGACACCUACAAACUGUGUGAAGUUAUCCUUCAGGGCAUGCAACAAGUCAUGUCUGCUGAGACACCUGUGAACCACCUUCCUCUCAAUUUAAGGACAUUUCAUGACAUUAUAGACUCUAUCAUUCUUUGUGUGCAAAUUCAUUAAAUCAGAUAUUGGCAUUGUUCAUCUUUCUUCAUUUCUGUGUGCAGCCUUACCUAAUUUCACCGUGGAGCAAGAACAAACAAGCACACAUGAUGAAAAAAUGGGAGAGCAAAGGCAAGGGGAGCCUUUUCUCAGAACCCAAAAUCAUAAUCAAAGGCUGAAUCGAUUGUUAUAGACAAACUGCAAACAGCCACACCUCAGCCUUGUGAUGGUUUGUUUGCCACUGCAUUUGUUUUUGCAUGUUUGUGCGUGCAUCUCUGCAUACAUGUGCGCUGUGCUUAUAAUAAUAAAGGCACACAGAGGCAUUAGAGUGGUCAUGCUUCUCUCUGUAACUUGUUACACACUUUUCAAAACCUGCACAUGAACAGUCUGCUUUCUGUUUUCAUACUGUGUGUACCCUGCAAAAGUCCCCGGAAUUAUCAGAAGAAUAUGUUAUAUUAGUAAAAUUGUGCUACUUGGCUAUAUAUAUUCUGUACAAACCUCUACGUACAAGGCUCAAGGCUUUUGGAAAAAUGUCUCUAUUUGAUCUGACACUUCAGAAUAUCGAGCUGUAGCUGAACAGAUCAUAAAUGAUUUAAAAUGUGUUCUGAGGCAAAAGACGAUUGCUGUUUGCCCUUUAUUAGAUAAACCAUGCAUCUAGUUGGACUAAAUUUUACUGUGUAAAUAAAAAGCCAGAUUGUUGA